GCCCCGCCCAGCGCCCUCUCCCUCCCUUCCCCCUCCUCGGGGUACUUUUGCGACCAACUUUUAGCGGGCAUGGCUCUGGGGGCGGACGGGUGGCGACCCUGGCAUUAACUUUGUUUCAGGAACUGGGCGAGGCCACCGGACGCCGGCGGGUCGGCUCAGAGUUCGGGGCGUGCACGGUUUCUCCUCCGGGAGGCUCUCGGUCCAUGAAGCGGAGCUAAAGGAAGGCACAGGGAGAGGCGUGGUGUGGGAAAAGAAACGCCACCCAGCCCGGAGGAGGCGUCCGGGGUCCGGCGGGCAGGAGGCAGCGGCGGCGGCGGCGGCGGCGGCGGAGCUGCGGGCUCCCUCCAGCCGCCAAGAUGAAUGGCCUGUCUUUCGAUGAGACGGCAUUGGAUCCCUCCCUGACGCUGAGCGAGUCCAGUGACAUCGACUCGGCUCUGCUCAGUGACAUCGAAGAUAUGCUUCAGCUGAUCAACAACCAGGACAGUGACUUCCCCAGUAUCUUUGACUCCAACUAUGGCGGGGCUACACCUGCCUUCCAGGAUGUCGGCUCUUCUGCAAGUUUGUCUCCACCCCCCAGCUCUCUCAGCUCCACCCUUGACAACUUCUUGGGGAGCACCAAGGUGCCUACCCACAUAAAGAUGUACCAGCCCCCUCCUCCUCCUCCUCCAAUGACCAGCUUCCAGCCUCCCCCACUGAUAACAGGGCCUGAGCUCAGCCAAGCCUCAUCUGGCAUCAAGGAGGAGCCCAUGCAGCUCUCCAUCCUUCAGCCUUCUCCCCCUCAGUUGCUGUCCCAGCCUGUGCUAGCCCCCCCAGCUCCCCCAUCCCAGCCCCAGCUGCAGUCUCAGCAGCCAUCCCCGCCCCAGCCCCAGCCCCAGCCACAGCCCCAGCCACAGCCACAGCCACAGCCACAGCCACAAUCUCAGCUGCAGCCUCAGCAGGUGCAGCCACCACAGCCACAGCCACAGCCACAGCCACAGGAAUUACAGCCACCAGGAGUCAUGGUGCCCCAGAGCUUUGCUCCUUCUUCCCAGCCUCAAUUUACUUCUCCAUCUCUACUAGACUAUCAGUGCCAGGGCAACUUCCCAGCAGCUGUUCCUCCUGGCAAUGUUCAGCAACCCCUUUCUCCUCAAGGGCCGUUGCCAGUUACCAUCCAAACGCAGGUGCAGAAUAUCUGCCCACAGCAGUUGCUGACUGCACCUGCCCAGGUUGUCUCCUCCCAGAUCCAGCAGGUCCCAGUCCUGCUCCAGCCUCACUUCAUCAAGGCUGAUUCCCUGGUUCUGACAACUGUGAAGGCUGAUGUGGGCACAGGAGUGAAGACCUCGGGGAUCAACUCUUUGGCCACCACCACAGCAGUGCAGUCGGCCCCCCUUCAGGUCCCGACCCUGGUGAGUGGAGGCACCAUUUUAGCCACUGUGCCCCUCAUGGUAGAUGCUGACAAGCUGCCCAUCAAUCGCCUGGCUGCCACGGGCAAGACCCCCAGCUCCCAGAGCAAAGGGGAGAAGAGAACGGCUCACAAUGCUAUUGAGAAGCGCUAUCGAUCCUCCAUCAAUGACAAGAUUGUGGAACUCAAAGACCUGGUGGUGGGAACUGAGGCCAAGCUAAACAAAUCAGCCAUCCUGAGGAAAGCCAUUGACUACAUCCGAUUCCUGCAGCAGACCAAUCAGAAGCUAAAGCAAGAGAACUUGACUCUCAGGAUGGCUGUGCAGAAGAACAAAUCCCUGAAAGACCUGGUGUCGCCGUCAUGCAGUAGUGGGAGCAUGGACAUCCCAAUGGAAGUCAUUAAGCCAGAGAUGGUGGACGCGCUAACCCCGCCGCCCUCCGACGCCGGCUCUCCUUCCCACAGCAGCCCCCUGUCCUUGGGGAGUGGCGGCAGCGGCAACAGCAGCGACUCCGAGCCGGACAGCCCCAUGUUCGAAGACCCCAAGGUGAAGCAGGAGCAGCUCCCCUCUCCCAGCAGCCUGGGCAUGCUGGACCGAUCCCGUUUGGCCCUGUGUGCCUUUGUCUUCCUCUGCCUUUCCUGCAACCCGCUGGCCUCUCUUCUGGGCAGGAACAGUGGCCAGAGCCAGUCUGAUACCAGCACCACCUACCACGUCCCUGGACGCAGCAUGCUGGGCACGGAGGGCAAAGGUAGUCCCAGCUGGUCUCAGUGGCUACUGCCUACUUUGUUUUUCUGGAUGCUUAAUCUGCUAGUGGUCCUGGCAGCCUUCAUCCGCCUAUUCAUCUAUGGCGAGCCCAUCACCAGGCCCCACUCGGGACCUUCCGUCUUGUUUUGGAGACAUCGCAAGCAGGCUGAUUUGGAUCUUGCACGGGGGGAUUUUGCUCAGGCUUCCCAGAACCUGUGGCUGGCCCUCCGGGCCCUUGGCCGGCCUCUGCCCACCUCCCAUUUGGAUUUGGCCUGCAGUCUGCUCUGGAAUCUCAUCCGCCACGUCCUUCAGCGCCUCUGGGUGGGACGCUGGCUGGCCGACCGGGCCGGGGGCCUCCUGCGGGAUCGGGAGCUGCAGGCGGAUGUCAGAGCCAGCUCCAGGGAUGCAGCCCUUGUCUACCACAAGUUACACCAGCUGCAUAUGACAGGGAAGUACACCAGCGGCCACCUCGCUGCCAUCAACCUGGCACUGAGUGCCCUCAACUUGGCUGAGUGCGCUGGCAGCGCCAUCUCCGUGGCAACCUUAGCUGAGAUCUAUGUGGCUGUUGCGCUCCGGGUCAAGACAAGUUUUCCUCGGGCCCUCCAUUUCCUGACGCGCUUCUUCCUGAGCAGUGCCCGCCAGAUGUGCCUCGCCCAGAGCGGCACCAUGCCCCCUGCCAUGCAGUGGCUUUGCCAUCCUGUGGGGCAUCGCUUCUUUGUGGAUGGAGACUGGGCAGUGAGGAGCACCCCUAGGGAGAGCCUCUAUAGUUCCACAGGGAACCCAGUGGAUCCCCUGGCCCAGGUGACACAGCUGUUUCGGGAGCAUCUGUUGGAGAAAGCCCUGGGCUGUGUGGCCAAGCCUGAAGAGACCCUGGCAUCAGCUGAUGGGGACAGAGAGUUCUCUGAUGCCCUUGGGUACCUGCAACUGCUAAAUGGCUGCUCAGACGCUGCUGGGGCCCCUGCUCUCAACUUCUCCAUCAGUUCGAGCAUGGUUACUGCCACCGGUACUGAUCUUGUGGCCAAGUGGUGGGCGUCCCUCAUUACAGUGGUGAUUCACUGGCUCCAGCGGGAUGACGAGGGGGCAGAGUCCCUCUACCCCAUGGUGGAGUACAUGCCUAAGGUUCUGCAGGCUUCGGAGAAGCCCCUGCCUCGGGCAGCCCUGCACUCCUUCAAGGCAGCAAGGGCACUUUUGGGGAAGCAGAAGCAGGAGCUUGGUCAAGCCAGCCUGAGCCAGUGUGAGAAGGCCAGCAGCUACCUUCGGGACAGCCUGACCACGGGGCCCUCCGCAGCCACUGCCAGUGCUUCUAUUGACAAGGCCGUCCAGCUCCUCCUGUGUGACCUGCUCCUGGUGACGCGCACCAGCCUGUGGCAGCAGCAGGUGGGCACCGCCCAGCCCCCUGGCGCUGCCCACCAGGCUUCAGCCCUGGAACUCCGCGGCUUCCAGCAGGACCUCAGCAGCCUCCGGCGUCUGGCGCAGUCUUUCCGGCCUGCCAUGAGAAGGGUCUUCUUGCACGAAGCUACCGCCCGGCUGAUGGCUGGAGCCAGCCCCACUCGGACUCACCAGCUCCUGGACCGAAGCCUGAGGAGAAGGGUGGCCCCGAGCAACAAAGGAUGCGAGCUGGACGCCCGGCCCACUCAGAGGGAGCACGCGGAGGCCCUGCUGCUUGCCUGCUGUUACCUGCCGCCCACCUUCCUGUCGGCCCCGGGGCAGCGCGUGGGGAUGCUGGCCGAGGCCGCCCGCACCCUGGAGAAGCUGGGGGACAAGAGGAUGCUGCAUGACUGCCAACAGAUGAUCAUCAGGCUGGGCAGCGGUACCACUGUCACCUCGGGGUAGCGCUCCGCCUCUCCAGGACCCCUGCCACACCCCCCUGCUUGCCGGGGUCCCGGCCGGGCCAGGACCUUAGGGCCUCGCCGCGGCGACGUCCCCAGGGCCCGGAGCCUCCCCCCCCCCCCCCCCCCCCCCCCCUGGUCUGCCAGCCCGAGCGCCGGCACAGCGCCAGGCCCUCUCAUUCAAAACCCUCUCUUCCCCGCGGCAGCCGUGCAGGGGGAUGGGGAAACCGGAAACCAGUCAGGAUCGGGGCUCCCCGGCUUUCUCACCGGGCCGCCCUCCUCGUCCCGGGCCUCCCUCCUGUCCCGGGCCUCCGGUGGCGUCUGAGGCGCGGCGCACUUUGUUUGGGCGGGUUACCCCUCCGCGGGAGGCCCAAGCACGGCCUUCCCCCCCCCCCCCCCCUUCCUCGGGCAAUCCCACGCCUGUCAUUUAUUGUGUUUAAUGGUCCCAGGCUAAUGAGAGCCUUGCUGUCAGCCCUGGGACAGGGAGCAAGGGAGGGGCCCCAGGUGGGGGGGGGGGGCGCACUUCCCCAGAGGAUCAUGGGUCCGCCUCCCCACAGUUCCCCCAAGGCAGGCUGCAAAUUGCUGGGCGAGAUGCUACUGACCUCUGGUGGUCCCUUGGGAGACUGCAGGGGGCGGUGCGCUGCCCGCCGCGGCAGGGCCUCCGUUCGGUCCUCCUCCCCGCUGGGGGCCGCUGGUCUCCGAGCCAGGAAGACUUGGGCUCGAGGCUCCCUAGACCCUGACUCAGUGUUGCAGGCAGUUUGCCAGGGCCUCUGCCAGUUACCUUUAUUGGUGAAAUUAUAGGUGUCACUGCAAUGGCCGCUUGUCUCCAUGGAACCAAAUAGUGCGCUCCACCUUCCCCGCCUUUCUGUUCCCCGAUCCGCUGCUUUGGGGGGCUGGCGGCCUUGGCCCCCGGGAGCAGCCGAGGCUUGAGGGGAAGCCUUCGCGUUCAGAGAGCUGCUGGGUGCUCUCUCCCAUGCCAAAAUAAGGCCGGGCCCUCCCGGUCCCUGCUGCCCCGAGCGCGGCCCCCCGCCCCCCCCCCCCCCCCCCCCCCCCCCGC